GUCUCGCGACACUUCCCGCAGCGCCCAGCCGCGCCGCGCCGCUCGCUCCGGCGGCACCGGCGGCAGCAGCAGCGGGGACAGCCGGGUGCUCCUCGUACCCUCGCCCUGCCCCACGCACCGGCCGGCGGGGGAGGACGCCCACCACCCCGUCCGCGGCUCGGCAGUCAGCCGCCUCUGGGCACGCCAGGGCUCGGCCGCGCUUUCUCCCCGGCUGCUCUGCCCGGCGGCAGCGGGGACGCGGGUGGCUGGCAGGAGCGGAGGGCUGAGCCCCUUCUCCCUCGCCUGAUUUCUUCUUUUUUCUUUUGGUUUUUUUUUGUUUUUGUUUUUGUUUUUUUUUUAACCCCGUACGCAUCCCUAUGCUGAGGGAAGGCGGGGUGCUGGUAGCCGGACGCAGAAUGCAGCCGGGCUGCGGCGGGUGCUGAGAGCGGCGGCCGCCGGAGGAGGGAGCGGCUCUGUCAGCAGCCUCCUCUCCUUCCCGCCGCGGCGGCGGCGGCUCCGGCUGUCUCUCUCUCUUUCUCCCUCCCUCCCCCGCCUUCGCCGCGGCCAGCCGCCUCAAACUUUCAGCCUGUUUCCGCCGCCAGGCUAAAGCCCAGCUCGACAUAAAUGGUGGAGGCGAUAGUGGAGUUUGACUACAAAGCUCAACAUGAUGAUGAGCUGACGAUCACUGUAGGUGACAUAAUCACCAAUAUCAAGAAAGAUGAUGGAGGCUGGUGGGAAGGACAGCUCAAAGGCAGAAGAGGUUUGUUCCCUGACAACUUUGUAAGAGAAAUAAAGAAGGACAUGAAGAAAGAAAAUACUGCCAACAAACCACCAGAGAAGCCUAUAAAUGAAGUUUCCAAUGGAAGCCCUUUACUGUUGUCUGAGACAAUUAUUAGAACCAACAAAAAAGGAGAGAGAAACAGAAGAAGAAGAUGUCAGGUGGCUUUCAGUUAUAUGCCUCAAAAUGAAGAUGAACUGGAAUUAAAAGUUGGUGACAUCAUUGAAGUUGUGGGAGAGGUGGAAGAGGGAUGGUGGGAAGGUAUACUCAAUGGAAAGACUGGCAUGUUUCCUUCCAACUUCAUAAAGGAACUGUCUGAUUCUGAUGAUGUUGGAAUAGCACAGGAAGAGCAAGUAAAGCCAAGAAAAUCUGCCUUUGAAGGGACAAUUCUGUACAGAGUGGCACCGGCAAAGAUUGACAGCUACAGACGCUAUAACAGCCUAAAAGAUGCUACAGGCUCUGAGAGUGAUGGUGGUGACUCUUGCAGCACAAAAUCGGAAGGCGCCAACGGAGGCACGACAAUCCAACCCAAAAAGGUCAAGGGUGUUGGCUUUGGAGAUAUCUUCAAAGACAAACCUAUAAAGCUACGACCAAGGUCAAUAGAAGUUGAAAACGACUUUCUCCCAGUAGAUAAGAGUGUUGGGAAGAAAUUACCUCCAGCCACAGCAACUCAGGAGCCAACAAAAAUAGAAGUGGACAGCAGAACAAAAACCAAGGAAUAUUGCAAAGUGAUAUUUCCGUAUGAAGCACAGAAUGAUGAUGAACUCACAAUCCGAGAAGGUGAUGUCGUCACACUUAUCAGUAAGGAUUGCAUUGAUGUGGGUUGGUGGGAAGGAGAACUCAAUGGCAGACGAGGUGUGUUUCCAGAUAACUUUGUCAAGCUUCUGCCUUCUGAUUUUGAAAAAGAGAGACCGAAGAAACCACCACCUCCAUCAGCUCCUGUCAUCAAACAAGGAUCAGGUACCACAGAUCGAAAGCAUGAAAUCAAAAAGGUACCUCCUGAAAGGCCGGAAUGUCUUCCUAAUCGAACAGAAGAAAAAGAAAGAUCAGAGAGAGAGCAAAAACAGUUAGACUUGCAGAAGCCUUCAGUUCCUGCUAUACCUCCGAAGAAACCUCGGCCACCCAAAGCAAACUCUGUGAAUAGACCUGGUACCUUGCCCCCGAGACGACCAGAAAGACCAGUUGUGCCUGUGACUCAUACAAGGAGUGAUAGUCCAAAAGUGGAAUUAGUGGGCAGUACAGUAUCCGGCACUCUAGAGAAAGACUCCUCUGAAAGAAGCAAUGACAUCGACUUGGAAGGUUUUGACUCUGUAAUACCAAUUGCUGAGAAGCUUAAUCAUCCAACCACAAGCAGACCAAAAGCUACUGGCAGGCGACCACCCUCCCAGUCUCUCACAUCUUCAUCCCUUUCAAGCCCUGAUUUCUUUGACUCACCAAGUCCUGAAGAUGAGAAGGAGGAACAUGUUUCCAUUACUCACAAAGCUAUUGAAGCGUCAAGGAAAUCAAGAACGGUUACAAUAUCACAAGUGUCUGAUAAUAAAACUUCCUUGCCUCCAAAACCAGGAGGUUUGGCUAGUGGCAGUAAUGUGCAACCAUCACUAUCCCCUUCACCGUCACCUGGAUUUCACUCCAUUGCUAUGGGAACAACAGGCCACAGGUCAAAUUCCCCAUCCCUGUUUGGUACUGAAGGAAAGCCAAAGACUGAGCACUUGAGCCAAGGUCAGACUGCCCUGGAGGAGCUGAGAACACAAAUUAAGGAGCUAAGAACCAUCAUUGAAACCAUGAAAGACCAGCAGAAAAAAGAGAUUAAACAGUUGCUGUCUGAGUUGGAUGAAGAAAAGAAGAUCCGUCUACGAUUGCAGAUGGAAGUUAAUGACAUAAAGAAAGCUCUUCAAUCAAAGUGAAUACUUGAUAGGUGGAAUAUUGCAUUAUUCUUCAUGACUGAGACUCAAAUUUAUGCCCCAGCCAAAAUAACUUUGUGCCAAAUGAUUUAAGAAUUGCCUCAACAUCCCUUUAUUUGAAGGAUUAGCACAACAGUUUUUGAUAGCACAACAAAAAUACCAACAACGAGGACAAAAUUCCCACCCGAAGCAGUGCUGUGCGGCACUAGUUGUGACUGAAAUUGAUCUUCUUGUGCUAAAGGCUCUCUACUUCAAGAUCUAGGUGAAAUGAAAACUCAGGCAGUUUAGUCCAUAGUGGUACUAUUUUGAUGAUAUUUUUCCAUGAAUAAAGUGUAUUUCAGAUUAUCUGUUUACAAGCUUUAUGAUUUUGACUUUUGGUUUUUAAUUGUCUUUUGUCACAGAUUUUAAAAUGUUUGUACUGCAUAUAGCCAGGAAUGAAUGUUAAUGUUGGGGCUGGAGGGAUUAUUUUUGCUUUGAGAUAGAACAGCCUACUUUUUGUUCUGGUUUUAAGUUCUGUUAAAUAUGCAAUUUCAUGUCCCCAGGUCCCCUACAGUUUAAACUUACGUUGUGUACAGAAAUGUAUUUACAAGAAGGAAACAAACCAACAGAAAUCCGGUCUUUGCAAUGAUUUGUGCCUUUCUUUGCCACACACUGACUGGAGCCGGUUGCAAGCCAGGUCUCCCCGAUGUAGCUACCGCGACGACCCGUGUCCCCGGUGUCCGGCGGAGGUCACCUUCUCAGCGUACAGCUGCUCGGUCAGUAGAGCCAGGUUUGUGCGAGGUGGCAGGACAAAAGGGCGCAGCUGAGAGCAGCUUUGUCUUGAGCAGCUGUGGCUUUUUAGCUUUCCUGGUUUUGAUAGGCCUCUCCCUCAACUUGAAUGUUCAUGUCCGCUUGAUUUUCGUUAGAUGAUUUAAACGCCCGCCUCUGUCCCCAAUUUUGCACAGAGUGAACAGAAUAUGCAUUAUUAAAGCAAAAAUAAAUAAAAGUAAUCUAUAAAACGUGAAUAAAAAGUUGUAUUAUUUCAUGCACAAAGUUC